AUGGAACCAGUUGAGCCCCCAACGUGGAAACUAUUCAUAGAUGGAUCCUCAGGAGAGGCCGGCUCCGGGGCAAGGAUCGUCUUGGAAAGCCCUGAAGGCCACAGCCUAAAUUGCGCAGUAAGGUUCGGCUUCGAAGCCUCGAACAACACUGCUGAAUAUGAGGCCCUUCUAGUAGGCCUUAGACUGGCGAAAGAAAUGCAAGUCAGAAGGCUCCUAGCGAGCAGCGAUUCUCAGCUUGUAGUGAGUCAGGUCAAUGGAAACUUUGCGGCCAAAGACAGUAGCACGGUUGCAUACUUGAAAUUGGUUCUAGACCUAGUCCCUCAUUUUGAAAGGUUCGAGCUGAUUCAAGUCCCGCGCCUAGAAAAUACUCAUGCAGAUGCCUUGUCAAAAUUGGCCAGUAGCAAGGAUUCAGAGCUACUAAAGGUUGUCCCCAUUGAACACUUAUCGAAACCCUCCAUUUUCGGAGGUGAAGAGGUGCUAUGGAUAGAAGGCACCCCGUUAUGGAUGCAACCCAUCAUCACCUAUCUUAAGGACCAAUUACUACUAGCUUCCAGAAGCGAGGAGGUGAAGAGGCCAUGUAUAUACUCAGGGAAAUCCACGAGGGAAUCUGCAGGAAUCACUCCGGAGGAACGGCUCUGGCACACAAAGUACUCCGGCAAGGCUACUUUUGGCUGA